GCGGGCGCGGGGCGGGCGGUGCGGCUCUUCGCUUCGCCUCGCCUCGCCUCGCCUCUCCUCGCUUCGCCUCGCCGCCAGGGGCGCGGGCUCCCCUCGCGCGGCGCCCGUUGACAGCCGCCUCGCCAUUUACCCCGGCCCACGCCCGAGGUGUUCUUGAAAAAAGUGCCUGCACUUUGGAACUUUGGAGCUGAAGAAGGACAUGAGGAGUAAAAGGACCUGGGAUCUCACUGGUCAGAAUGAAACAGAUGUUGAAAGAUUUUUCAAAUCUAUUGUUAGUAGUGCUCUGUGACUAUGUUCUCGGUGAAGUGGAGGACCUCCUGUUGAAGCGCCCAGGUCAUGUAGCCUUCAGCAACGACACAGUUUCUGUGGAAUACCACUACUACAGUGGUAAUGAGACAGCAGAGAACCUGUCCAUCCUAUUGCUGGAUGCCAGCACCAACAAGAUCAUUGCAAGAAAACAGCUUCCAGCGAAUCAGUCCCAGGGGAUGGUAGAGUUUGAGUGCUUCUAUUUCACAAGUGCUGGAGACUUUUUGUUCAGAAUGAUCUCUCCUAGUGAUAAUAGCAGUGCUGCUGCAAGCGGAAGACGAAUGUCCACCCUCCAUGUGGAAUGGCCUGUAUUUCACAUUGAUUUGAACAAGUCUUCAGAAGUGCUUGGGAGCUCCCUUCAGGUUGGAGUUUUUACAAAUGAACAGCUGUGUGCCAUGAAUGAGACAGUGGUUUCACUAGAUGUGAUAUUCACCAGCACGCUUUAUGAACUAGGAAGAGUAAGCUCUGAUGAAAUGCUGGGGAUUAGAACUAGCAAAGGAAUCGCACUUUCUAGAUCCCAGUGGGUAGAGUUUGACUGCCCACAUGUUGGUCAAGAAAUGUACAUCACUGUGUUACUGAAAUCAUUAGAAACGCAUUCCAUUAUUGCCUCUAUGGGACCCAUAGAUCUCCGCAAAUUUGGAUACAGACUGGUUGUGGCACCAGAAGCAGUGUGCAGAACUUUGAUUCAGGUCUUCAUUGUCUCACCACCAUGCACUUCUGUUAGUGGAAAAGUUGUUGUCUAUAAAGAGGCUCUCAAGCAUCCUAGUUUGAGAACAGCUUGGCUGUAUGAGAACACCCUUCACCCAGGAGACAACAGGACAGAAUUUAACUGCACUUUGUUUGAUGUGGGAAAGAACAAAUACUGCUUUGACCUCUAUAAUUUCUCAAACCGAAGCCAUUUCCCAGCAAGAGUUAAGCAGUGUAUGAUGAUCCAAAGGAAUAUGGAAACGUGGAGCUCGUGGCAGCCCUGGAGCCCCUGCAGCGUCACCUGCGGAGAUGGCGUCCGGGAGCGCUUCCGAGAAUGCCUCACCUCCUCGCCCACAGAACCGGGCUGUGCUGGCUCCCCAAAGGAGACCUCCUUGUGCUCGCUGGAGGAGUGCCUGACUGUCAAGCCUCCCACCCCACCUUCUGUCCAGCCAGGAGAGGACCAGAAAGCGAACAACAUAGUCACCAUCACAGGGAUCUCCUUGUGCCUGUUCAUCAUCUUUGCCACUGUUCUCAUCACCCUGUGGAGAAAGCUCUGCAGAGCUCAGAAGUGCAGCACGGCCGUGCGUCGGAACUCCGUCCAUUCCCCUGGCUUCCGGAAAAACUCUGACGAGGAGAACAUUUGCCAGGGCAACAAACAGCGGGACAGCUUCACCGAAGGAGGGGAUGCCCCCGUUAACAUUCCUCUGACCUACAGGCGAAGCCUCCAGUUUGCCCAAGAAGACGAUGCCUCUGGAAGUGAGAACUUUCAGCCAAAUGCCCAAAAAAUAAUCCCUCCGAUAUUCAGCUACCGCCUCGCACAGCAGCAGCUGAAAGAGAUGAAGAAGAAGGGCCUGACUGAGACCACCAAGGUGUACCACGUCUCUCAGAAUCCCCUCACAGACACGGUUGUUGGUGCCACCACAAUGCUUCCCCUGAGUGCAGAAACCCAAGAGGAGGGAGUGGCCAACAAAUUUAGGAUCAAAUCUCCAUUUCUGGACCAGUCGGCCGGUCAGCCCAAAUUCCUAGGAGAAGGCUGUAACCCAAGGCUGGAUUUUCCAUUCUCCCAGGCCAGUGCUGCAAUGAGCCCCACCCAGACCUUGAUAAGAAGAGCUCAUUUCAAACACCCCGAUAACAGAGGGGAGUUGUCUGAGAGGGGCUGCCACAGAAACCCACAGUUUAGAAGAACAGCCAGCUUCCAUGAAACAAAGAAGGCCAGGCCUUUCAGAGAGAGGAGCAUGUCCACGCUCACCCCCCGGCAGACUCCUCUUUAUACCUCCAGGACCAGGACGUGGGACCAGGGCUUGGAAGACAGGACACGGCCAAAACUGAGGAUCGCUAACCCAACCUCUGAAAAGCUGGAUCAACCCCACGGCGCUGCGCCGAUGUGCGAACCGCAGGGCCAUGGCGCGAAAGGCCACCACAGGGCAUGUCCACCAGUCAAGAAGCUGGACCUGAUCACUGACCGCCAACAUGCUGGUCAGGAAAGGGGCCCUGAAAAGCCUGAGCCCAGCCGAAGUAAGCGGGGCCCUUCACCUAACCCCAAAGGUGCGUGGCGGAAGGAAACGGGCUCCGCUGGCAAAGAUAAUUACCAGAGAGGCCUCACUGUAAGCCCUGCCCAGUACCGAAAGGACAAGUGCCAGAGCUUCCCGGUGGACCCUGAAUUUGCCUUUUAUGAUAAUACUACCUUUGGCUUAACAGAGGCAGAGCAGCAAAUGAUUGAUCUCCCUGGGUAUUUCGGCUCAAAUGAAGAGGAUGAAAGAAGUACUUUGAGUAUCGAGAAGCUCGUGAUCUGAGGGGCUCAGCACAAGCCCGCAGUAGGGUCAUGUGCGAGAGCGGAUCUGCAACAUCUGCUGGAUUCUGCUGGAAGGAGCAGUGGGAAUUAUGUUCCUCCGCUUGGAGAAGGAGGGAAUUCCCAAAGUCUGACUUGCGGGAACGCAUUCCUAUAUAAUUACUGGAAAGUACUUCCAUAUAAUUAUUUUUUGUAUGUGUGUCUAAAAAUACGCACAUAAUACCCUGGGAAAGCUUGUAUUAGUGAAGGCGUGACACAGGAGUAAUCCACUGGGUUUUAUUGCAUAAAGCAGUCACCUUUCAUGCUUCAGACAUAAUGAAUCCCAUUGAUCUAGACGUUUCAUCUCGUGAAAACCUUGUACUAGUAGAUUACAAUGUCCUAAGAGAUCUAUUUUCCAGUAUCCCCAAACAUCUGUCCUAAUUAGUGAAUCAUUUCCCAUUUAGGAAACACAGACCCCAAGCUGUGAGCAAUUUCCAUAAUUUUUUUGUGGUCAUUAUUGAACUGUGUUGAUUGGCUGUAAUUGCUGAAACAUGUCACGUGUUGGUGUUUCUCUUCUCUGGUUGGGUGAAAGUGCAAGCAGUGCAUACCACACAUUAGGAGAGAAAAUGGAGGGGGUAUUUUUCAUCAUUCAGUACUUUGAUAUUCCCUUUCUGCCAAUAUUUAUAGCAAGAAAAUACAGUGAUGUGCCGAUAUUUGCAGGAGAUAGUAGAAAGGAGCGUGCUAGUGGGAGAGGCAAAGAAAAUUAUUAAAUUGUAGCCCUCAGA